AUGGCCAACAAAAAUGAGCGCGAAAAAUGCUUCUCAAAAUAUGCCAGUCAAGAAGAAGGAGCGAUCUCUCUGAAAGCGUUUUUUCAAUACGAUUUUGACAGUGCUGCGCACCUUAGCAAAGACAUCGAAGAUAUCAAAUCAAGUUGGCUCAUGAUUUUUAAUAAAUACGUUACGAGCAACAACAUACAGAAUUUCAGCAAAGCUCAACCAGACUGGUAUGAGUUGUUGAGAACGAGAAAAAAGAUCGUUGAUUACCUUACCAACAACAAAUCACCUACUGUCACUCUUUGCAGCGACACCGAAAAGUGGGUCAUCAAAGGAGUACCGAUCACCGAACAUCUUAUUGGAUACAGACAAGAAUCCAUUGACAAAGCGAGUAACGACGGCAAAUUAGCAUCAAUUCAUGAAGAAUUCAUCAACUGUGCAUCGAAUGCACGUUUGAUUUAUGGAUUUGACGAAGAUGUGUGGAACGAGAUGGUUGAAGAAUGUGAUGAACAGUAUCAUAUCAAAGAUUUACCGAUGGGCACCAUCACUUGCAUUCACCAAUUCGCAAAGGCUGCAAGAAAAGACUUUACAAAAUGCAAGCCAAUUAUUAAGCAGCUUCCCGACGAUUUGUUCGGAUAUAAUGAAAGAAUUGAGUGUUCAUUACGAAGUCUUAUUGAUACCCACUCACCCGAUGCGUCCGAAAAAGCUAUAAAAAUGGAAAGCUCGUUCACACUCGAUGCUAUCGAUCCCGUUCUUCUGCCGUUUUUUAAAGAAACUGAUUUGAUUACGCGAAAAGGCACUGAUGGCCAAGUUACCGGCUCGAAAGCAAGAAGGGGUAAAGUAGGACGCUUUGCGGAUUUGUCGAUGGUCUUCGAAUUUGCGGGUAUGCCCGAGCAAACAUUGGUGAUUGUUGAAAUCAAGGCGCCGUCCAAGGUUGCUGACGGUAGCAGACCUGACUUCAUUAAAAUGGCAAAUGAAAUGAAAGAUAGCAUUGACAAUUUUAUUGAAGAAGGAUUCGAUGACGACGAAAUUUUUGCUACUGGCAUCUUAGUGGAAGCUAUGUGA